UCUCUCUCUUCUUUACUCUGCUCACCAAGCUUCGAAUCUCUCUCUCUCUCUCUCUCUCUCUCUCUCUAAAAUGGCAAAAUCUACCCCUUUUUCUUCAUUCAUCACUGCCUGAUUUUGCUAUUUUCUACCGUCAAACAAUGGUAACAGAUCACUGCAAUCGGUUUCUGCUACUCCAGUUAGUUGCAGCAAUCUUUGUUUCCUUGAGUUUUGUUCAUAGCACCACUGAUCCAACUGAUGUUCAAGCACUACAAGUUUUGUACACUUCUUUAAACAAUGCUGCACAGUUAACAAAUUGGAAAACUAGUAAUGGCGAUCCGUGUGGCGAGUCAUGGAGAGGGGUUACUUGCGAGGGUUCGGCCGUUGUUUCAAUUGAACUUCCGGAUUUGGAAAUUGACGGGACAUUGGGAUACAUGUUGUCGAGCUUCACAUCGCUGAAAACAUUGGACUUAAGUGGAAACAACAUUCAUGAUGCGUUUCCGUAUCAGCUACCGCCAAAUCUUACUAGCCUCAAACUUGCAAACAACAAUAUAAGCGGAAAUAUUCCGUACUCAAUUGCGUUGAUGUAUAAUCUGAACUACAUGAACCUUAGUCACAAUAUGCUUGCUCAGAAUAUGGGAGAUAUAUUCAAUAAUCUCACGAGUCUCACUACUUUGGAUCUCUCGUAUAACAACUUUUCCGGGGAUCUACCGAAUUCACUCAGUUCACUGUCUAGCAUUUCGACAUUUCACGUGCAGAACAAUCAAUUAACCGGAUCUUUGAAUUCCCUAGCUAAUCUGCCGUUGACUGAUGUAAAUGUCGCAAACAACCGUUUAAAUGGGUGGAUACCAAAAGAGCUUCUUUCUAUUCCGGGUUUCAUAUAUGACGGAAACUCGUUCGAUAAUGGCCCUGCUCCACCUCCGCCGCCGUACACCCCCCCUCCCGCUAAGCCUCACAAUAACCGCACACGUUCUCCGCCACCACGUACGCAUAAGGGGUCCGAUGCGCCAUCAGCAGAUACCAGCAGUGGAAACAAAACGAGCAUCGGAACUAUUUUAGGCAUAAGUUUGGGCUCUGCGUUCUUGAUACUUUUUAUCGCACUUGUGCUUCUUUUCUGCUAUCGGAAAGGGAAAAAGACGAAAAGUACCACUAGAACUUCGACCGUAAAUCCUCCGAUCAUGAGCGAGAAAGUUAAUGCGGAACUGCAAGAACAGAGGGUAACCGUAAUACCGACAGCCAGCGUAGUUGACUUGAAGUCCCCACCGACGGAAAACGCAACUUACGAGAACGGGAAAAGCGGAUCGAUGAAGAGAGUGAAAUCCCCGAUAACCACUAGUUCAUAUACAGUUGCAACACUUCAAACGGCAACAAACAGUUUCUCUCAAGACAACAUAAUCGGUGAAGGUUCGUUGGGUCGUGUUUAUAAAGCAGAUUUCCCGAACGGAAAGACGAUGGCGGUUAAGAAGAUCGAUAAUGCAGCCUUAUCUCUCCAAGAAGAAGAUGAUUUUGUCGAAGCGGUCUCAAACAUGUCGCGCUUAAGGCACCCGAACAUAGUUCCGUUAGCUGGAUACUGUGUGGAGCAUGGACAACGUCUUUUAGUUUAUGAUUACAUUGCUAAUGGAAGCUUGCAAGAUUUGCUGCAUUUUGCUGAGGAUAGUAGCAAAACGUUGACGUGGAAUGCACGUGUUCGGGUUGCACUCGGAACUGCGCGAGCUCUAGAGUACUUGCAUGAAGUUUGCCUACCUUCUGUGGUACAUAGAAACUUAAAGUCGGCAAACAUUUUACUCGAUGAAGAGCUGAAUCCUCAUUUAUCAGACUGUGGUUUAGCCGCCCUUACACCCAACACAGAGCGAGAGGUGGCAACACAGUUAGUUGGUUCGUUUGGUUAUAGCGCCCCUGAAUUCGCAUUGUCCGGCAUAUACACCGUAAAAAGUGACGUUUAUAGCUUUGGAGUGGUGAUGUUGGAGUUGUUGACCGGUCGGAAACCACUGGAUAGUUCAAGACCGCGAUCAGAACAAUCACUUGUAAGAUGGGCCACCCCUCAACUCCACGACAUCGACUCCUUGGCCAAAAUGGUUGAUCCUACGUUGAACGGCAUGUAUCCUGCCAAAUCUUUGUCACGCUUUGCUGACAUCAUCGCCCUUUGCGUUCAGCCCGAACCGGAGUUCAGGCCUCCCAUGUCUGAAGUUGUGCAAGCGUUGGUUCGGCUCAUGCAAAGGGCAAGCGUGGUCAAGAGGCGACCCAGUGAUGACUCGGGAUUCAUAUAUAAAACACCAGAUCAUGAGGCGUACGAGAUGUCGUAUUAAUAUAUCCGAAUCAAAACCUUGCGAUUUUCGCAUAUAUGUAUGCAAGGUCAGAGACUCAACUUUGAUGAUGAUGAGUUCAAUGAAGAGAUCUGGAGUAUGUAUAAUUGUAUAUCUUUCCAUCAAAUCUGGUCAAGUUAAAAGGUAAAUAUAUAAUACACUGAUGAGAGUUUAUAUGUUUCUAUGAGAGAAAAAGACUUUUGACUUUUCUCAUUUUUUUUAUUCUACUUUAUUGUACCUCCCAAGAUAUUAUGACGUCAUAAAUCUUUUUUAGUGUUUAUCAAGUAUUUAUGCAAAAUGA